CUCAAAAUGCCAAACUCUCCCUCCCGCUGCCUCUUUGCUUGGAUGCUUUCCUGGUGUCAGUGUGAACGGUAGUCGUCCUCACCCAGUCUGAAACCAUUUUCUGUACUUUCCUCCGUCUCCAUGUCCACUUGGCUCCCAAAAUCCAUAUCUUGUUUAUAAAAAGACGAACUCAACCAACUUCCCUUUAGUAAAACUAAUCCUUGACCCACUCCUCAAUCUCAAAUGCAAUCACCUUCAAGUCAACAGAAACUAAACUUGUUUACCCAAUUCUAUGAUCCCUAUCCACUUCGAUCAACCUCUUUUUCUGCGGAUAAAAAUGAACCCUCUUCGCUAUCAGACGCCAGUAGCUCCGCCCCCAGCCGCCCUGCUCACUCAGACGAGGAUGUGAUGCUAGCAACAAGCUAUCCCAAGAAGCGAGCUGGGCGCAUAAUAUUCAAGGAGACUCGCCACCCCAUUUUCAGAGGUGUCAGGAAGAGGAAAAAAGACAGGUGGGUUUGUGAGCUACGGGAGCUAAAUAAAAAGUCGCGUAUAUGGCUAGGUACGUAUCCUACUCCUGAAAUGGCUGCCAGAGCUCAUGACGUUGCAGCAUUGGCGCUUAGAGGAAAAUCUGCUUGCCUUAACUUUGCAGACUCAGCUUGGAGGUUGCCGAUGCCCGUUUCCAAGGAGGCCAAGGAUAUUAGGAAGGCUGCAUAUCAAGCUGCAGAGAUGUUUCGGCUUCAAGAAUUUGGUGGUGAAGUAACAAUGCAAAAUUCACCACCAAAUCCUGGAGUGGAGGAUGCCGGUGAAGUUUCAAGUACCGUUCAGAAGCACGACAGCGUCACGUGUGUAGAUGAAGAAGCUGUAUUUGACAUGCCGGGGUUGCUUGAAGAUAUGGCAAAAGGGCUUCUACUUUCGCCACUGCAUUACGUGGGGGAUGAUAGCUUGAACUGGGAUGACUCGGAACCUGCUGACAUUGAUGUUUCUUUAUGGAGUUUUUCAAUUUGAUAUGUUAGUUAGCCUCGAUUUGCUCUUUUUUUUUUUCACUAAUUAUAAUUGGCCCACGUGUAAACAUUAGUGUAUGUAGGAAAACUUUUCCAUGUUGAUGGUGAGUAUUAAACAGAAUCAUUUGAUUGUGAGUAUUAAAUAGAA